GAAGAUCCAGAUGAGAGCCGAGUCGAAGCUGGAGAAGAAGAGAGAAGCUGGACUGCAGCUGUACGUCUUCAGUGAUAAAGUCAGUCCUCCCAGCCUGGGCUUCCUGGCAGGUUAUGGUAUCAUGGGCCUCUACGCCUCCGUGGUGCUGGUGAUCGGGAAGUUCGUCCGCGAGUUCUUCAGCGGCAUCUCGCACUCCAUCAUGUUCGAAGAGCUUCCGUGCGUCGACCGCAUCCUCAAACUGUGCACCGACAUCUUCCUGGUGCGGGAAACCGGCGAGCUGGAGCUGGAGGAGGACCUGUACGCCAAACUCAUCUUCCUUUACCGCUCGCCGGAGACCAUAAUCAAGUGGACGAGGGAGAAGACCAAAUGAGCCUGCUGGGAUUGACGGAAAAACCCAACGAUCCCAAACAAGGAUGCUGCUUCUCGCAUGAAGGCGGCGUUAAGAGACAAACUCGUCACGAGAGGUCCGACUGCCAAAACCAAGAGCCCUACAGGUGAACCAGCUGUGCCAAAGAGCCCUGAUUCAGAAGCUGACUCCACCAGUGGGAUCUUUAAUGAGCUCUAGCGCCACCUGUCUGUCGGGAGAUUG